GUGUUCCGGUUUCCGGGUGGGGGGGCUGGCGAAAAGCAUUAUGGAGACAGCCAGAUAAAAGCCGGUUGGAAGAGGCAGACUAAGAGCAAGCCAAGCCCGUGGAUGUACAGUGAGGACGGGCACGGCAUGAAUUUAGUCUAAUUUGGGGAAAAUGGGAGAUGCUGUCAAGAAAAAUAGAGAGGACCAUUUAAUGGAUAAUGAGGAAGAGUUUGGGAGACGUGUCAUCAAGCAAAAUGUAAGUAAGAGAGGACAUGGUAAAGCCUCCUUGAAGAAGCAUGAAAAGAUCACCCCCAAAAAAGGAGUUCCAUUUAUACAAGAUGCCAGAAAUGGGGCGCAUCAGAAUUCUUCCAAAAGCUUUAGUCCCAGUGGGCGAGCAGUUGCCAGCCAAAAAGAUGCCUUUAAUAGAUGGUCAGUUGAUGAGCAGCGGAGUAAUUCAGAAAACUGGAGGGACCGUGGACACAGGCGAUUUAGGAAGGAUUCCACCAAUGAAGUAGAAGAUGAUAGAUGGCAAGACCUAUCUUGCCUGGGAGACGGAAGUUACCAAGGUGUAGGGAGACCAGCAAAGAAGGGGACAGCAUGUGAAGAUAAUCAUCGUGCUCAUAGUGGAGAGUCCAAAAUGCAAGGAAAGUCAAAGAAUGAUCGCAGACGCCGUCCAUCUGAGCUUGAUGAAGAGGAUUAUGUGGGCAGCCCAGAGGCAGAGAAGAAUGUGAUGUCCAAAAAAGAGUUACUGGGUUUGCAGCAAGCUGAGGAGCGUCUUAAACGAGACUUCAUCUACAGACUCAAAAGGCGUCCGAGGAAAAAUGCUUCAGCCAUCUAUUCCUGUAAGCUGUGUGAUGUUCUGAUUGAAUCUGUGCAGUUGGCUCAUAAACACAUUAAAGAAAGGAGACACAGGAGAAGUAUAAAGGAAAAGAAAGAGGAGCAGCUUCUGACUACUCUACCUCCACCAACAUUAAACCAGAUAGAAGCAAUUACUGAAUCUAUUAAUAAAAUAGUACAGGAGAAUGGAUUGGAUGAAGAUGAUCUUGCACAAAGACUUGCUAUUUUGAAAGCUGUGGAAAACCAAAUACAGCAGAAGAUUCAGGGAUGUACGCUAAGACUUUAUGGAUCCUCCCUUAGUAGAUUUGGCUUCAGAAGAUCUGAUUUGAAUAUAGACGUCAAGAUUCCACCUAGCAUGAAUCAGCCUGAUGUGCUCUUGCUUGUCCAAGAAAGUCUAAAGCAGAGUGACUUAUUUACAGACUUUGAUGUGGAUUUCCAUGCCAGAGUUCCAGUGGUGGUCUUCAGGGAAAAGCAAAGUGGUCUAUUGUGUAAAGUGAGUGCGGGCAAUGAAAAUACCUGUCUAACGACUGAGCUGUUGGCCAAACUUGGUAGACUUGAACCAAGAAUCAUAGCGUUGGUGGUUGCAUUCCGCUACUGGGCAAAGCUUUGCCGUGUUGAUAGACAUGAUGAAGGAGGCCUACCUCCAUAUGUAUUUGCCCUCAUGGUGGUUUACUUUUUGCAACAUAGAAAAGAACCUGUUCUACCUGUAUAUUUUGGCACCUGGGUUGAAGGAUUUAGCAUUUCCAAACUGGGACAGUACCAUAUGGGAUUAGCAGAAGAGCAGACUGUGACGUGGGAGUACGCUCCGGCAGAUGAGACUACUCCCCGUGAAGAAUGCACAAUAAGGGGCAAGGUCCCUUUGGUCUUUCCUGCAGAUCGCCAGUGUCCUGCAUCGAUCGGCCAGCUUUGGAUUGAAAUGCUUAGGUUUUAUGCACUGGAAUUCAACAUGGCAAACUUGGUUAUCAGUAUCCGUGUUAAAGAAAAGCUUUCAAGGGAAACAAAGGACUGGCCUAAAAAGCGAAUUGCUGUAGAAGAUCCAUAUUCUGUCAAAAGAAAUGUGGCUAGAUCCUUGAACAGUCAGCUAAUGUACGAGUACAUGCUUCACUGCUUGAAGGCAACAUACAAAUAUUUUGCCACACCUCAAAAAAAGGGGGUAAAAUCCAAUUUUAAAAAAACAGCAACUUCUAGUGUGGUCAUAGACCAGGAUUCACACACAGAUGCUCUUAAAAGGGUCCCUGAGGAUAACAAUAUGUCAGAUCUAAAUAAAAAACUGGAAGACUUUUCAUUCUGUGGAAUUGAUAAGCCUGUUGCCUGUGCUGAGGAGAGCCAACAACCACAGCAUAAUAACUUGGAAACAGACCGGUGCUCUUCAAAGAAGAAACUGGUCUAUGACUCAACGAAUGGUGACCCUGCUCUUAAAAAUGAUGGCUGUGUUAUAGAGGAGGAUGUUUUAUGUGAUCCCGAGGAGUAUCUCCAGAGUUGUGAAGAGCUAGAAAGUUGUCAUGAAGAGUCCGAGGAUGAUGAUAUUCUUGAUCGUGAAACCGAACAUGACCACUUGAGUGAUCAAGGUAUGGAGGAAGAUAGUGAGAAUGGAGAAUACCCGGUUGCAGGCAAUGAGGAGACAGACAGCCUGUCUGAUUGUGAGUGUUUUACCAGUGUAGCUGUAACAGAGAGAGGUGGCUUUGCAAUGGAAAGUUGCAGAGGAAUUUUGAGUAACAUUGAUCCAGAGGAGGACAGCGCAGAUGAGCUUGAAGAGGUUUCUCGUGAUCUCAUUUUACUAAAUCAAUCUGAGGAAGAAGAAGAGGAGGAUGAAGAGGAGGAAAUAAGUCUUAUUCUAAAUCCGUAUAGUCUGACCACUGAUGAAGAACUGGAUAAGUGCACUGGUUCAGUCUGUGAUAUAGUGUCUGAAUCUGAGCAAAUAUCUACCACUUGCCUCCAAAACAAUGACGCGCAGGUUCUUGUAACAGAGAUUUUAAAAGAUAAAGAUAACAAGGGGGAGUCUGUACAUCUGGACAAUGUGAUUUCUGAUGAUGAUGACAACUUGUUUUAUGAGUUCAAUAAGCCAAUCUUCACAAGAGGCAAGCUACCUACAGUUGUGUGCAACCUGUGUAAGCGAGAAGGCCAUUUAAGGAAAGACUGUCCAGAGGACUUCAAAAGAAUUAAGCUUGACCCUUUGCCACCUCUCACACCUAAAUUCCAUGCUGUUCUGGAUCAAGUUUGUAUGAAGUGUUAUGAAGACUUUUCUCCUUCAACAUUGGAGUAUAAAGCUCGUGAAUUUAUUCGCCAAGAUUUGGAAGACUUUAUCAAGAGAGAAUUUCCAGGGGCCAGGCUACGUUUGUUUGGAUCUUCAAAAAAUGGAUUUGGCUUCAAGCAGAGCGACCUUGAUAUCUGCAUGACAAUUGAUGGCAUUGAAACAGACACUGAGUUGGAUUGCAUAAGAACAAUUGAAGGCUUGGCAUGGCAUCUUCGAAAGCAUCAAGGAUUGAGAAACAUUUUGUCAAUCACCUCUGCCAAAGUGCCAAUUGUAAAAUUUUAUCAUGUCAGGAGUGGCAUUGAAGGUGACAUCAGUUUAUACAACACUUUGGCUCUGCAUAACACGCAACUUUUAGCAUCGUAUGCAGCCAUUGAUCCACGAGUCAAAUACCUCUGCUACACCAUGAAGGUUUUUACCAAGAUGUGUGACAUUGGAGAUGCUUCCAGAGGCAGUCUCUCUUCUUAUGCAUAUACUCUUAUGGUGCUGUUUUUCUUACAACAAAGGAACCCUCCAGUCAUCCCUGUCCUUCAAGAAAUCUACAGAGGUAAUAAGAAGCCAGAAGUUCUUGUUGAUGGUUGGAAUGCUUACUUUUUUUCACAGACUGAUGAACUGGAAAAAUAUUGGCCUGAAUAUGGUAAGAACAAAGAAUCUGUUGGUGAGCUGUGGCUUGCCCUUCUCCGCUACUACACAGAAGAAUUUGAUUUUAAAGAGAACGUCAUUUGCAUCAGAAGGAAAAGCUUACUGACCACUUUUAAGAAACAAUGGACAUCUAAAUACAUAGUUAUUGAAGAUCCUUUUGACCUAAAUCACAACCUUGGAGCUGGAUUAUCAAGAAAGAUGACAAAUUUUAUAAUGAAAGCUUUCAUCAAUGGAAGGCGUGUUUUUGGAACUCCUGUAAAAGAAUUCUCGAAAGAAUAUCCAACCAAUAUGGAAUACUUUUUUGAUCCAGAAGUAUUGACUGAAGGUGAACUUGCUCCCAAUGACAGAUGUUGUCGAAUUUGUGGUAAAAUUGGACACUUUAUGAAAGAAUGCCCUAAACGGAGAAAAAUGAGAAGCCGAAAUGGUGAAGGUGCUAUGAACCAAAGAUACCCAGAAAGAAGACUACAAAGAAGAAUGGAGGAUACGGAAAAUGAAAACUCUGGUUUGGAUGGAAAGCAUGUAACCAGUACCCCUAGGAGCAUCCGGCAAGGUGUCAGAGCAGCAUAUGAAACUUGCAAGGACAAAACGCCCAAAUCCAGCUAUGAAAAAUGGAGGAGGCAAGACGAUCGAGAAGCGAGGGAGAAACGCUGUUUCAUAUGUGGAAGGGAAGGUCAUAUUAAGAAAGAUUGUCCCCAAUACAAGGGCUCAGCAGGAAGUCCCAAGUCAGAGAUGCUAUGUGGAUCUCCAUCUGCCUCAAGUCCUCUAAAACAUAAAACCAGAUUGCAGGGAAUAACAUCAGAAGAAGACAAAAAGAAGACAAAAUUGAUUUUCAGCCCUCAAUCAGGUAGCCUUUCUAAUAAAUACAUGACUCAGGGGAAAGCCACCCAGAAGAAGGCACAACAGGAAUCUUAAAAGUAGAAGCUGUUGAAUUUUAGGCCGUCCAUGUAUGAGUCUGUACAGAUUUUUUUUUUUAAUGACGUUUACUCGAGUGAAGCCAUCUAGAUUCAUAGGGACAGCAGUGAUACACAUUUUGGACUUUGAAGUUUUGGAUUUUUUUUUUUUAUUUUUUUUUUUAGACCUUGUAAUUCCAAAAUUUAGAAAAAUUGAGUUUUAAUGCAGUGUUCUUCCAAUGUGUACCUGUUCUUAAUUUAUUUCAACAUUUUAACAGAAAGCCAUGAUUUAUUUGUGUUUACAAAGAAAACAGCAGAUAAUAAAAACAAAAAAAAAUUAAAGGAUAUAAUUACCCCAAACAAUUUUAAUUGCAGAAAACUCUCAAAUAUAUAUGGUGCACAUGAAAUUCUCUUGUUUGCUCACAUCCAAAGUAGAAAUAUAUUUUUGAUGGGUAAGCUAUAUUUAUUAUUUAUGGAAACUUUUUUGUAAAAUUGUUUAAACAAUUUAUGACCUGCUGCUGUAUUUACAUACAUGAUUUUAUUAUAAUUAUUUGUGGGAAGAAGUCUCCAUUUUAUGUAAAUACUUUGUGUGUCUACAUAGCCUUUUUUGCAUGAAUAAUACCCAUCUUAAAUCUGGUUGUUCCUGUGCUUCUAAUUAAGGUUUACCCACUGUCUGAAAUAUGACCAAUCAAACCGUAUGUAACAAAAGUUCAAAAGGACCUGUAGACAUUGAAAGGGAACGUAAAAUAAAGUUACCUGUACAGCAAAAACAUUGAA